AGACCGAACCUUUGUCCCCAUGGCUGCAUUUCCUGAUUACCAUCCUCCAUCCCAUUGUCUCUCUGAGUUCCAAUUCUAACACCUGAUUCCUAGCUCCUACCAGAGUUCUGGUUCCGGAAGGCCCUCGCCGGUAGGCCGGGGGCCUGGCUCCCACCUGGCACAAGGCAGGGCUGAAGACAUGGGCAGGAGCCUCCCCGCUUGCCUGCAGCAGCUGAACUUCCGAAAAAGUCUAGUGGGCCUGGCCACGGGUGCUGGAGCCCUGUACCUGCUCUACAAGGCCAUCAAGGCUGGUAUAAAAUGUCAACCGCCCCUCUGCACCAACUCACCCAUCUGCAUCGCCCGUGAGUGUCUGCCCUCUGGGGAGAGGGCUCUGCCCCAGGAGCCACCUGCUUCUGAGGCCUCCCCUGGGGGAAAGCCCACAGGCCUGGCGAUCGAGCGAGAGCGCCAUGGGCGGGACUCGGGUGAGCUCCGGAGACUCCUCAACUGUUUGGAGUGUAAGCAGGACGACUACGCCAAGAGCAUGAUUCUGCACAGCAUCACCCGCUGCGUGUACUUGCUUGAGGCUGAGGCCUCUGCUUGUACGACGGAUGACAUCAUGUUGGUGGGUGACAUGCUGGACGAAAAGGACAACAAUGUCAAGAUCCAGGCUCUGAAUGCACUUAAAGCUUUCUCGGGCAUCAGGAAAUUCAGGCUCAAAAUUCAGGAACAUUCCAUCAAGGUGCUGGAGCUGAUCUCUACCAUCUGGGACACGGAUCUGCACGUCGCAGGCCUCCGGCUCCUCAACAACCUUCCGCUGCCUGACUAUGUGCAUCCUCAGCUGCGGCGGGUGAUGCCCGCACUGAUGGAGAUCAUGCAGUCGGACUACAUCGUGGCUCAGGUGCAAGCCCUGCGGCUACUGAGUUACCUAGCGCAGAAGAAUGACCUUCUCUAUGACAUUCUCAACUGCCAGGUACACUGCAAUUUCCUGAACAUGUUCCAGUCCACACAACCACCAAGUCUGCUUUUCGAGAUACUGGUGUUUGCAGAGCGGCUGAGUGAAGGCCAGAAUAUACCCCACUAUCGAGCUGUGAAAUGGCAUUACAACGAACAGUCCCUACACGAAGCCUUGUUUGGGGAUGAGUCCCGAUUGGCAGACCGGCUGCUUGCGCUGGUCAUCCACCCUGAAGAGGAGGUUCAGAUCCAGGCCUGCAAGGUCAUUGUCAGCCUUCAGUGUCCCCAGGACUUGGUAUCCCGGCGCUCCUCUUGCCAACCUAGCCAUUCCUACUUUAGAACUGGGGAAUAGAAUUAAAAGAGAAACCAAUAAAUGAGUAUGGGAUAGAUGCUCAAGACCUCUUGAAGCUACAGUCUGUGGCCUUUCAGGGCUGGGUAGAGAUGUCAUGCAAGCUGGCUUCUGACUCCCUUUUGUUCUUGCUGUUUUUCGAUCUGUAAUGUAGACCCCAUGUUUUCAGGGAGUUGGGAGAAGGCAGGUGCUGUGAAUUAAGUGUUGGAGUUUGGUCUGUAGGGUGUCCAAUCAGAAGGUGGAUCUUAGGAGACACUGUGGAGCUCUGAGAGGCGGGACUUAGUGGGAGGGCCUCAGGUCAUUGGAGGAGUAUCCUUAGAAAGAACCACAGGAUCCCAGUUCUGCUUGUCGAGGUGAUGCUUUGUCACACUGGAGCUCCUGCCAUGAUGGGGCGUCAUCCACUUUAGGCCCUCAUCAGUUGUCGAACUAAUGGUGUUUGCCUCAUGUCGGACUUUAAACAUCCAAAACUGUGCCGUUAAUAAACCUCUUUUCUUCAUAA